UGUUGCACUGUCUUUCAGCACCAUUGCAGUGUGGAGAGAUCAUUUGAAGCUCGGAGACACACAGGGAUCACUGGAAGGAAAAGUACCCGACCUGAGUGACCGCCCUGGGCAAACACAUCUUCUGCCUCCCUGUUAUACAGUCAAUGUGUUACGGUUCGUUUGCCAUUCUGCAGUCCAACCAACCAGGAGACUUCCUCAGCGUCAGGUUGUGCCAGGACGGGUAGCUGGGGACCGCACACACACACAGCAGAUGCUCCCGGUGUUGGAGCUUGGCUGCCAGCAGUCAGCUUCAGUUAACCGAGCCUCGGCCUGGUCACGACUGAUGAAAAGCGGGGAUGUCUACCAGCUGCUGACAAGAAGAGGCAUGCUAACGGUGACCCUGAGAGAGUGACAGAUGUGUGCCACUGUGGAGAACCAGUUACAUCUCCCUGCGGAGAUUUGAUUUCCUGGGCGCUCAGGCAUCCAGGAGGGGGGUCUCUGAAAAAUAUGCUGGGUUCAGAGCGAGGUGUUGUUGAAGAAUGGCUCUCCGAAUUCAAGUCCUUACCAGAAACCCACAUCCCCAGCUACGCUGGCAGCCUUCAUCUAAAGAAGUCUCUGGUACCGGCGCUGUACAGAGUCAUCCAGGACCCCAACAACGAGCUGCUGGAACCUGUGUGCCACCAGCUGUUUGAGCUGUACCGGAGCUCUGAAGACCGCCUGCGACGUUUCACCCUGCAGUUCCUGCCUGAACUCGUGUGGGUUUAUCUGCGCAUCACUGCCAGCAGGGAUCGCCAGAGCAAUGGCUGCAUUGAGGCCCUCCUCUUGGGUAUCUACAACCUGGAAAUUGUUGACAAAGAUGGAAACAGCAAACUUCUUUCCUUCACAAUCCCAUCUCUGUCGAAACCAUCUAUAUAUCAUGAGCCUUCUAGCCUGGGGUCCAUGGCUCUGACUGAGGGAGCGCUGUGUCAGCAUGACCUGAUCAGAGUGGUUUACAGCGGCCUCCAUCCUCAGAGAGAAACCUUCACUGCACAGAACAGGUUUGAGGUCUUGUGUUUCCUUAUGCUCUGCUACAACUCUGCUGUGGUCUACAUGCCCCUUUCCUCCUAUCAGGCCGUCUGCAGGAUGAGCUCACGGGUGUGUGUGUGUGGCUUCCCUCGACAACAACAAAAGCUCUGGAGAGAACCUUGCAACCGUGUCCUGCUGGACCCUGAGUUCAUGGUGCAGAUGCUCACUGCCGUUUACCACGCUAUAUACAAUGGAGAGUGGGAGAUGGGGCGAGAAGCUCUGGAGGACAUUGUCUACAGGGCCCAGCUGGAGCUUUAUUCCCAGCCUCUCCUGCUGGGGAACGCCAUGAAAAACUCUCUGCCAGAAAGCGCUCCUGAAGCGCCGCGGGGACGCAAGGUGCUUCAGGUGGAGGUGACCCCCACCAUCAGCCGUAUAUCUAUCUCGGCAAUCACUACAGCUUCCAUACGGCGCCACCGCUGGAAGAGGGAGGAUUGUUUUGACUACUCAAGCGAUGCAGAGUUGAGCCUCACCAUCAGUCCUCCUAGCCUCGUCCAGCUCCACCACCGCCACCUCCACGACCCCCCCAGGGAACCCGCAGCUAAAGAGGAUAGAGGAGGGCGGCAUCACAGCCACCACAGCAGCAGCAUCAUUCCCCCCAUCACACUCGAGGAUGCUGACGGCAUGAGCGGCGGGGAGGAUUCCUUCAACAUCAACGAUCCGGAUGAAGGUUUCUCCUCUGGGGCUUCCAACAGCAGCCAGCCCAGCGGCACCAAGAGCGGCGGUGUGGGGCCGAGGGGCGGCAGCCUGAACAGCAGCAGUAGCAGCAUCAAGAAAGCCAUCACAGCUCGCCUGUCCAGGGACAAGGAGAAGGAGAAGGAGCGAGAGAGGGAGAGGGAGGGAGAGAAACAGGCGGAAAAGUGUGUGGAUCAGCAGGCCACGCCGCCAAGGCCCCGCCAAAGGCAGCAGUCCCCCCCAGGCAGCAUUAAGCUGGACGCCAUCCACCUGAGCCCCAUUAAGAAGCACCUGAGCUUCCCUGCAGGGCACCCCCUGGUGCGGACUGGCAGCACCUCCUCCAGCAAAUCCUUCGACUGCAUGAACCUGAACUUGAAUGGACGCGAGAAUGAGCGGGAGGAGGCGGCAGGCGGCUUUGACAAGGAAACGGGGCCUUUACUGGGGGGCUCCCACCGCCACUCCACUGUCAGCCUGCAGGAGGAGCACCUAAACCGGCCGGAGGAGGCCCAGGCCCUCCUGUCCCCUGGAGCUCCUCUUACUAAGCAGUCGCGCUCUCCCAGCUUCAACAUGCAGAUCAUAUCACAGGUCUAAUGUCAGCGCAGGGAACCACAGAAACACAUACACACACACGCAAAUAUUUAUUCAGUUUCCAACACGACCACUCUACUAUGGCAACCUGGUCAGUUUCUGUGUUCAUGAGGUGGGGUAAAAAGAUCUCCAGAUCUCUGGAGCUUUGUCUCUACUCCUGCGGCAUCUUUUAAGGUUUGACCUGCAGUCACAGCUGAUUAGAUUCUAAGAAAACACCAAACAUGUUGACGAAUUCCCCAUCGCUGUAGCUACAGUCCCUCCAAACAAGCUGAGCAUUCCACACACAAACUCUCCCAAUAGGGAGGAAAUAACAAGAGGAAGGAUUUCCGAUGUAAAGUCUCAUAACAUUUCAGAUUAUUUGAUUUUCUGACUGAAUCAGUCAAGCCAAUCAGCAAUAACAUGUCGCUCAUGUGGAGAAAAGUGGGAAUUAUUCCAGUUUUUCGCCCCCCCUUUCAUUCCCGGGCUCUUGUGCAAUCAUUCUUGCUGAUCUCAGUCAUGAAAAGUUUGAUGAAUCUUGUCUUUUUUUUAUAAUCAGUUUAAACAAACUUUUGAGAUUGUUCUCAAACCAAACUGGAAUGUGGUUUUGAAUUGUCUCCAGUU